AUGUAUGUACUGCAGAAGUCAUUGCGAUUGCCAUUUAUUGCAGAUUGUAUGCCUAGAGACAGGUUCUUCACUCUCAGAACAACACUGCAUGUUGUGGACGCUAACAACAUUCCACGUGAAUCAAAAACUAAUAGAUUGUGGAAAGUACAACCUGCAAUUAAUGUUGUACGCAGUGCUUGUUUGAGACCUCCACGCCCCUCUGAAAAUGAUUAUUCUACUGAUGAGCAAAUGGUACCAUUUACUGGACGCUGCACAUUGUCUCAGUAUUUUCCAAACAAACCGCGCCCUUUGGGAAUUAAAAACUUUGUUUUGGCAACAACGAAAGGUUUAGUACUUGAUUUUGAAUUUUAUCAAGGUAAAUUAACACCUUUGCCAGAUGUUGGCCUCGGUCUUGGGCCAUCUGUAAUACUUCGCCUUGCUCAAACAUUACCUCAAGGUUCAAGACUAUAUUUUGACAGAUAUUUUAUAGCUUUGCCGUUAUUGCAACAGUUACUUGACCUAGGGCUGGAAGGAACAGGAAUCAUAAUGAAAAACAGAGUAAAACCAGUUCACCUGACAGAAGAAAAAAGACUGAAGAGAGGAGAUAUGGAAGAAUUCUGCAGGGACGGUGAUAAAACAGUCAUUGUCCAGUGGAAGGAUUCGAAAUCCUGUGACCCUUGCCUCUACUUGUACAGGAUGUGA